AUGGUGAGUUAUAAUGUUAAAGAUAUUGUGAUGAUAUAUGGUCAUAAAUCAAUUAUUCAACAUAUUCAAAAUAUAAAAAAUGAAAAAGGAAAUUUGUAUAAAAUAUAUGCAGCAAAGUAUACAAAUAAAAUUGGUUAUACAAAUGGGAUUUAUAGAAAUAAAAAAAUAUAUGACACAGAUGAUUUAAUAAUAUUUUGUUCUGUUGAUUCAAUAAAAUUAUAUGAUGAAAAAGAGAGUGCAUGCAUAAUGAUACAAAAGAUAUUCAGGGGAUUUUUAGCUAAGAAAAAUUUCUAUUCUUUUGUUUGUUGUACUGUUUGGAGAAAGUUCGAACAUUUGCAUGAACAUUUAACUCUAAAUAGUCAUGAAGAAAUUUAUAAACCUUUAGUAAAAAUAAUAAAAAAAGAUAUGAAAAAGGGAAAAAUUCAGUUUUCAUCUAAAUGUUUUUCAAGUAAUUCAAAUCAGUUUUCUCGUGCUUCUACCAUUUCUUAUGAAUCUAGUUUUUAUGCAACUAAAGUUCCACAAUUAAAAGAUAAAAUUGAUAAAAAAUUUGCUAUGGAAAUGUUUCAGUUUUUUUUAACAUCUAAAAAUAUUACAUUGCCCUAUAAUUUGGUGUAUACAAUAUUAGAUAAAACAAAAAAAAUGCUAGAAGAAAAUAUAAAGAGUUCUAUAAUAAACAUAGAUAUGUCUAAAAAAUCGAAAGAUAGAGAUGUCCAUGGACAGUUACGUGAUGUUCUUUGGUUAUUCAACAGAUUUGGCCCACCAUCAUCAAAUAAUAUAUAUAUUUUUAAUGGUGAUAUAGCUGAUAGGGGAGAAAAUGCCACGGAGAUAUUUUUACUUUUAUUUACUUUUAAAUUAAGUAAUUACGAUAAUGUAGUAAUUAAUAGAGGAAAUCAUGAAUGCUCAUAUAUGAAUGAAGUAUAUGGAUUUUAUAAUGAAGUUAUUUCUAAAUAUGACAAUACUAUCUUUGAUUUAUUUCAAAAUAUUUUCGAGUUGUUAAGUCUAGCAGUGAAUAUUCAAAAUAAAAUAUUUGUUGUUCACGGGGGAUUAUGCAGAUAUAAAAACGUAACAUUAAAAGAAAUAAAUUCUUUGAAUAGAAAGAAGUGUGAAAUUUUACAUCCGGAAAAAUAUGAAGAUACAAUAAUUUUUGAUUUGUUAUGGUCUGAUCCCCAAAAUAAAAACGGAAUUGGGGAUAAUGCAAGAGGAAAUAAUUGUAUAAGCUUCGGACCAGAUAUAACAGAUAUAUUUUUAAAAAAUAAUGAUUUAGAUAUUUUAAUUCGAUCUCAUCAAGUUCCUAAGAAUUUAAAAGGAAUUGAAAGUCAUCAUGAAGGAAAAUGUAUUACAUUAUUUUCUGCAUCAAAUUAUUGUAAUAAAAUAAAAAAUUUAGGUGCUAUAAUUAUCUUUAACCAAGACUUAACUUUUGAAGUGCAAGAAUAUAUGUCGCCAACUCUUGAAAAAAUUAGAGAAACUUUUGAAGAAAACAAAAAAUUAAGAGAAAAAGUCUUGCAUUAUUCAAAAAUAUUAGAACUAGAAAAAAAUGAACAAAAAAAAAACAAGAAAAUAUCUUGCGAAGGUUUAAUGAACGAUAUUUUGAGUUGUUUGAGUGCAUUAAUUUGCAAUGAAAAAAAUUCCUUAUGGAACAAUUUAUACAGAAAAGAUAAACAAAAAACAGGAAUCGUUAACAUAAAUACAUGGACAGAAGAACUAGAAAAAGUUAGCAAAAUAAAAAAUGUUCCCUGGAUUUAUUUAUGUAAAAAAUUAAAAAUUAUUGAAAAUAAUUGUGUAAAUUAUAAUAAUGUCUUAAGUAGAUUUAAAGUAAAUUAUGCUCCUAACGAAAAGUUUAUAAAUACAGAAUGGAAGAAUGAAUGUUUUGAACAUUUAUAUGAAACUUUACUAAAAGCAGACUUAAGCUUAAGAGAAACUUUAAUGGUAUUUGAUAAGAACUUAGAUGGAAAGGUUACAUUUUCUGAAUUUGAACAAGUUUUAAAAGAUUUAAAUAUAGAUCUAUCAAUUGUACAAAUCAGAAUUUUAAUGAGAUUAAUCAACAGUAACUCCUUAUGUAAAAAAAAUAAAAUAUUAGAAAAUGAUAAAAUUGAUGUAGCUGAAUUUAUUGGUAAAAUGAGAGUGUGUUACCGUUUAUCAAUUAAUAAGGAGUAUAUAAACAAUGAAAAAAUAAAAAAAUUAAUCGAAACAAUUGGUAAAUAUAUUUUAUCUGAUAGUACAGAUAUUGCUAAUUUUCACUAUAAAUUUUACGAAGAAAAUAACCUAAGGAAUAAUUCUGAGAGGAGAAAAAGAUCAAGUGUAAUAAAAGCUGUUGCUUUAUUUCAAAAAUUCAAAAAUUAUGAUCAUUUUGGAAAUGGUUAUUUAGACUAUAAUGAUUUUGUCAAAGCAAUUAAAACAUUUGACAUGAAUAAAAUUAGUAAAGAAGUGGAUUUUGAAGUUAAUGAUAAUAUUUUAUUAGAACUAGCUAAAUCUAUAGACAUAACAAAGUCAUGUAAAAUUAAUUUCCUUGAAUUUUUACAAGCCUUUUAUAUUGUGAAUAAAAGUAAAUAUUCUUAUGUAGACGAGAUAUGGUGUCAUAUAUGUACUGUCAUAUAUGAAAAUAAGGUACCCUUAAAAAAAUGCUUGAAAUACUUAGAAGAUUCAACACAAGGAAAAAUAACAAGUUUACAUUUUAGAUAUGUCUUAUUAGAAUUAAAUAAAAUUUUACAACAACAGAAAUAUGAAAUGAAUAAGCCUUUAACAGACGAGCAAAUAGAUUUAUUGGCAUAUACUGUAGAAGCAGAUGAUAAAGUAAAUUAUACUGAAUUUUUGAAUUCUUUUAAACCUGUUUAUAUUUAUCCAAAUUAA